AUGACUUCUCUGCUUCCCUACGACCUUCAAUCGCUCAUCUCUCGUCGAGAAGGUGCAUUGAAACCUUCUCCCGCAGUAGGCUCACAAGCACCCUCUCUACCCACGGGCAUAGACUCUUGGCAAACACAAGGAGGUCCAGGAACACUUGUAGCUUUCGUAAGACAUUGCGGUUGUCCCUUUGCAGAAGAGGAGGUCAAGAACUUGAUAGAAGCUUCCAAAACGAACCCUGGGCUCAGGGUGGUCGUCAUCACGCAUGCAGAGAGGGAUGUGGCUGAGAAUUGGUUCAGAGAAGUAGGGUGAGUAGGAAGAAAUGGAGGAUGGGUGUGCUCCACAUUUGCGAAUGAUUCGGAUCACCGAAGACGCCAGUGUAGGAAAGCAUUAGGCGCGAGGCUGACCUAAUGCGCCCUUCAUUCUUUCAUUGCUAAUUCCCUAACCUUCCCUUCGCCAUUUUGAACAUCAGACGUGACGAUUUCCCCUCGACGACGCAACCUAUUCUGAUCGAUGAUCCCUCUACACGUCUAUACGCAACAUGGGGCAUUGGCGAAUUAUCAUGGGGCGGUCUUUUCAAUCUGUCCAUGCUAUCUCGACUGCGAGAGCUAGCUUCCACAAAGGGCAUUUCCAAUCGCAAGACGGGCAAAGGAAGUCAGAGGUGGCAGAAUUCGGGCGGAUUCGCAGUGGACAAGACGGGCAAGGUCACGUGGGCAAAGGUCGCCUCUGAUGCUGGCGACACUUGCGAUUACGUCAAGGCGGCCGACAGCCUCAAAGCUUGA